UAUUCUCUUCUAUAGUAUCAUAUUUUUUGCAAACUUCACACCUAUAAUGUUCCGUGACAAGUAGACUCUUAUUCUGUUCUGUUCUAUUCGCCCAUCCCAUAUUUGCUGGUGUGUGGUGUUCCUUUAUACAGCAGCUGUCGCUUUAAGAGACCUGGGAGUUAAAGCCUGCAGUAUGAAACUGUCCAGAGGUGCUCACGCCCGUUGACUGAUAUUUCAUCUUAAGUCGUAUUCCAUUCAAACUACCAUCUCUGAAGUGUUCGAGUCGGUUACCACGCGAUUUAUGCAUGUAUCCAUUUAAAGGAACUCGUGCCCUCCGCUGCGGCGCAGAGAACAGGACAGGACAGAGAUGCUGCACUGAUGCUGCCGCCAGCAUGCUGGCUUCCUAAUGAACACAGCCUGCCGUGAAAUGUAUCAGCUUUUCGAGAGGACCGUUAGCGGCGCGCGCUGGACAGAUUCAACCGUUUUCCGGGUGGAGUACUCCUGCGCUCAGUGCAGAAGAUAGUCCAAUGAAUGUGUAUGAGCUGGGACACAAAACAGCAACGAGAUGGCCAACUGUCCAAACCCGUGGUUGCCAUGGGUGACAGUUCGUCAUGAGUACAUUGGCCUGAAGUCCUACCAGGUCUCUCCCUUCACAUCUGUUCAAGAUGUCAAACAGUUGCUGUAUGAGGAGACAAACCUGCCUGUCAAAGAGCAACAGCUGACUCACAAUGGGAGAGUGCUGGAUGACAGCGUGCAGAUUGGGACCUUGGUGCCUGCUGGAAGCCCAGAAGUAUCUGUCACACUGGAGGGAAGAGGCCUUAAAGGGGGAGGGAGGUUUGGACAGACUACACCACCACUAGUCGAAUUUUUGAAAGAUAUUCUGAGGAGGUACCCUGAAGGUGGACAGAUUCUGAAAGAGUUGAUUCAAAAUGCUGAGGAUGCUGGAGCCACAGAAGUCAAAUUCAUGUAUGAUGAGACAGAGUAUGGAGUGGAGUCACUGUGGUCACCUGACAUGGCUCAGCAUCAAGGUACGGCACUGUAUGUCUACAAUGAUGCUGUGUUCACUGUGGAAGACUGGAAUGGGAUUCAGGAGAUUGCGAGGAGCAGGAAGAGAGAGGACCCUUUGAAAGUUGGACGAUUUGGAAUUGGCUUCAAUUCUGUUUACCAUGUUACAGACGUUCCCAGUAUAUUCAGUGGAGACCAGAUUGCCAUGCUGGACCCUCAUCAGACCCUGUUUGGAGUCCAUGAGUCUGGACAGUGUUGGAACUUGAAGACAGACAUUAAGGAGAUCACAGAACUGGCUGACCAGUUUGCUCCCUACACUGGGAUGUUUGGGAGCUCUGAGAAAACCAUUAAGGAUGGCAGCUUUCCUGGAACAUUGUUCCGCUUCCCACUUCGCCUGAAACCCUCCCAGCUCAGUGGCAACAUUUACAACAAAGAAAAGGUUUUGGAGCUCUUUGAGUCUUUCAAAGCGGACGCAGACACGGUGCUCCUCUUCCUCAAGAGUGUUCAGAAGAUCUCCUUGCAUGUGCGUGAGUCUGAUGGUACAGAACGCAUGUUGUUUCAGGUUACGGCAACAGAGAAUACUGAUGAUAAGUUAGAAAGGCCGAACGCACUGAAGACACUGGGUCAGGCUACAGACAGCUACAGCAACGGAGUUCCCAGUUCUACCAUUACUUGCGUCACUUACCAGGUCAACAUAGAGACUCAGGAUGAAACAGCUAAAGAGACUCAGAGGAUGACGUGGCUGGUUUGUAAUGGAGUUGGGGGCAGAGGAAUGUGUUCUGAGUUGGACUCUCUGGCAGAUGAUUUGAAGUUCAUGCCUACCAUUGGCAUUGCUCUGCCUCUUACUGUGAUCAACAAAGAAGACAAAGGUGCCGCAUCUGGUUUCUCGGGACGAGCUUUUUGUUUCCUUCCCCUUCCCCCCGGGGAGGAGAGUGAGACAGGGCUUCCAGUUCACGUCAGUGGCUUCUUCGGCCUGACAGACAACCGUAGGAGUAUCAAGUGGCGGGAAGUGGACCAGUGGAGGGAUCCAGCAGCCUUGUGGAAUGAGCUGCUUAUAAUCACUGUCAUCCCUAGGGCUUACUUCAUGCUCAUCACUGAGGCUAUCAAAAGGGUACAGACAAAAAAGGACCAAGACUUUCCACUGUCCCCUACAGGGACCUAUGGGGCCUGGCCAGACCCUAAGCAGGUCAAGUCCCGCUGGAAACCCAUCCUCCAGCCGCUGUUUCAUGACUUGCUGCAGCAGCAAGUCAUCUAUUCCCUCAGUGAGAGCUGGAUCCGGGUGGACCAGGCUGUAUUCUCAGAGCUGGACACAGACAAGGACAUUUCAGAGACUGUGAUCAACUACCUCCAAAGCUCAGGAACGCAGGUGGCAAAGGUGCCUGCUGCUGUUGACUUUGUCUUGGCUGCCUACAUGAUUGAGUCCACUGAAGUGAAGAAGGUGACUCCAUCUUUGUUGCGGCAGGUGAUCAGGAAGUACAAACACAAAGGUCCCUCACAGGAGAAGCUGCUGCUGCUGGAGUUUGUGCUUAGUGACGCCAAUUACAGUGACCUCAUAGGACUGGAUCUCCUGCCACUGCAAGAUGAGACAUUUACAACGUUUUCAUCUUCUGUCUGUGAAAAGGAUGCCAUUUACAUAGCAUCUGAAGAAUACCCCAGGUCUCUGUAUCCAGGACUUGAGGGUCGGUUCAUACUGGAGAGCAUUAAACCUUCAGUAAUGGACAGUUUGAAGAAAACAGCCAAAAGCAGAGUGCAACAAUAUCUUUGGGGGUGCUCAGGAAGACCCUGCACUCAGCUACAAGUGCUGAACCCUGAACGAUCAGCUCGACUCAUCAAGGAGAUCCUAUCAACAGCCUGGCCAAGUAGAGACUUCAUUGUCCAAUGGGAACCUGGAAACAGAGAGUUGAAGCAUCCUACAGUUUCCUGGAUGAAAGUGAUUUGGAAGCAUCUCUACAUAAAUUUUGCUGACGAACUAAGUACCUUUGAAGACAUGCCUUUGAUCCCACUUGUGCCACUUGAGGAAAGCAUGGACGUAGUUAAGCUUCUACGUCUCAAAACUCCAUCCCCCAUAAUUCUUGUGGAUGAGGAAGAGGCAUCACUUUCUGAAAACCUUCUUGACAUCAUGGAAAAGCUUGGAGGAGUAGUGAUAAAAAAGCUGGAUUCAUGUUUGCAGCACCCUCUGCUAAAGAAUUACAUCCAUCCUUCCUCUCCUGGUAUGCUUCUGCAAAUUAUGGAUAGAUUGUCAACACAACGAUUAUCCAGCCAAGUCUCUUCUUUCUCAGUCAAAGAGAAGACUGCGCUCAGAAACUUUCUUGCAGGACUGUCUGAUAUUACAGAGAGGGAAAAGCAUAUCCUGCUUGAGCUUUCCAUCUUUGAGAAAGUGGGAACCUGCUCUGGAGGUACCUCAGCAUUUACAUCUUUGAGAGGUGCUAGAGCUUUACAUCAUAGAGCCAAGUAUCCACCAGAUGUGAAAUUAUCCAUAAAUCUUGUGAGUUGCUGUGACGAGGAAUCUAUUCGGCUCAUCAAGAUGCUAAAUGUAGAACAAGUGAAAACAACAGAAUGUUUGAAGAUGAUUAUUCAGGAUAUUGAGAGGGGAUUCUACACAACAGAUGAGAUAACCCAAAUCAUGCUUUGGGCACUUAAACAUCUGGCGUUUCUAAAAAAUGAAAACUCAUUUGUGAUUGGAUGGCUUUCCGCUCUUAAAUUUAUUCAGUUGCCUUGCGGAAAAUCAGUCAAAGCCUCAGAUCUUUUUGAUCCCGAGCUAGACAUUCUACAGAAUCUGUUCUACAUGGAAGAGAAAACCAGGUUUCCCACAAGUACAUUCACGUCUUCCCCUGAUAUUCUUCAUUCACUCAGACAACUGGGACUAAGAAAUGAAGUACAGCUCAGUGAAAAAGAUGUACUCAAAGUGGCAAAGAAGAUAGAGGAGUUACAAAGCAGCAAGGAACCUGAGUGGGACUUCAUAAUCAAAAAGGCGAAAACACUCCUGCAAAUACUUAACAGACAAACCAAGCUGGUAAAAUCAGCUGAUGCUCAGACAUCAUUGCUAAAACUGAAAUGGGUACCUGUCUGCAAAGAAAGACCUCUAACUUACCCUAAAUCCCUCGCUUGGGUUGGAGAUAAUCUCAAUAUCUGCUCUUUGUCUGAGAUGUGUGACAUAUCCCAUGCAGUGCUUGUGGGAUCUUCAGUAGCACUGGUUGAACACACAUCUGCAGGUAUGAAGAAGGCACUGAAACUAACUGUAGAGCCACAGGUGGAUCAAGUGUUACAGCACCUGAAAGCAGUGAAUGACUGGCAUCAAUCUCAAGCAUUCAGCACAGAGGACUGGUAUCAAUUCCAGCAGAUCUUGUUUGAGAUUUACGGUUUCAUGCAGGCUCAUCUUGAGGAUGCUAGAGAAGCAAUGAAAUCACUGCCUUUUGAUUGGGUAUGGACAGGGAAGACAUUCUCAUCACCUGGCCAGACGGUCCUAAAGCCCCUCCCUGAUCUAGAUUUGCAGCCUUACCUGUACUCCCUGCCAAAGACAAUUAGAAAGUUUCACAAGCUUUUCAAGUUUUGUGGUUCAGUUGAAGAGGUUUCCCCAAGCCACGUGUUUGAAGUCAUCAGCACCAUCCGACAAAGAUGUGAAGGAGAGAUUGCCAAGGAGGAAAGCAAACAUGAUAUCCUACUUUUGAUCAACAUCCUGAGAUGGCUGUACAACAGUCAGAUACCUGUAGAUAAUAACAUGCAUGUACCAAUUCUUUGUUACAAGGAUCCAAGCAAAUUAGCAAUGAAACCCAUUCAUGAAUGCACCUACUGUGACAUCAAGGUUGAUGAUUUGAAUGACUUACUUGAAGAUGCAUCAGAGCCCAUUAUAUUAGUUCAUGAUGACAUCCCCAUGAAAACUGCAGAGUGGCUGAAGGUGCCAUGUUUGAGCACAAGGUUGAUAAACCCAGAGAACCUUGGCUUUGAACAAUCAGGCCAACGAGAACCUCUAACAGUAAGAAUAAAGAACAUCUUGGAGGAAUAUCCAUCUGUAGCAGACAUUUUUAAAGAGCUCCUCCAGAAUGCUGAUGAUGCAAGUGCAACAGAGUGCAGUUUCCUCAUUGACAUGAGAAAAAACACUGACAUUCGAGAGAAUCUCCUUGACCCUGGCAUGGUUGUUUGCCAUGGACCAUCCUUGUGGUCUUUCAACAACUCUGUAUUCUCAGACACAGACUUUCUGAACAUCACAAGGUUAGGUGGAUCAGUGAAGAGAUGUGAAGCAGACAAAGUUGGCAAGUUUGGCUUGGGCUUCAACUCAGUUUAUCACAUCACUGAUAUUCCCAUCAUAAUGAGCAGAGAGUUCAUGAUCAUGUUUGAUCCAAACAUCAAUCACAUCAGCAAGCACAUCAGAGACAGGUCUAAUCCAGGGAUCAAAAUCAACUGGAGCAAACAACAGAAAAGGCUGAGAAAAUUCCCCAACCAGUUCAAACCUUUCAUUAAUGUCUUCAAUUGCCAGCUUCCUCUAGCUCAGGACUCCCCAUACAAGUACAACGGUACACUGUUCAGACUCCCAUUCAGAACAGAGCAGGAGGCCUCGCUAAGUGAAAUCAGUAGUCUGUACUACAACACCACGGACAUCUAUUCCCUGGUUGAUGAGUUCAGCAUAUGUGGCCAUCGGUUCAUUCUGUUUACUCAGCAUGUUGGAAGUAUGGUCUUAAAAUACCUGAAAUAUGAGGAACCAAAUCCAGCAGGAGCACAAGAUGUCGUCACCAUCAACAAAAGUGUGUGGUCAUCCAAAGCCUCAUACGGACCUCUGAGUAUCCUAAAAUCUGCAGCAAAGGUUAUGAAGAAAGUAGCAAGCACCAACAGGGUACCUUCUGAUGUUCCCAAGUCCGGCUGCAUCAUACGCGUUUUGGUGGAGGAGUUUCAUAACGUGUUCAAACGCAUUGUCGAUCUCCACUCGCCACUGUUCAGAGGUUCAGAGGAAGAUCCUAACCAGUACUUUGAGAUGGCUGCUAAAGGUGUUCAGACAAGAAGACUCACAGAUGAAAUGCCCCAAAAGGCAGUCGAGGUCACCAACUGGCUCAUUUGCUCAUGCAUGGAUAUAACUGAGGCACUUAAGUUUUCCCUCAGUGAUAGUGGAAAAAGACUUGGACUAGUGCCAUGUGGAGGAGUGGCUGUUCUGCUCUCAGAGGAAGAGAAUCGCAAAUGGACAGUAAAGACAAAUGCCACACCAAUCGGAGAGGUGUUUUGUUACUUACCUCUCAGAAUCAAAACAGGCCUACCAGUCCAUAUUAAUGGCUGCUUUGCUGUGACUUCCAACCGCAAAGAGAUCUGGAAGACCGACACCAAAGGACAGUGGAAUUCUGUGUUCAUGAGACAUGUCAUUGUCCAGGCCUAUUUAGCAGCACUCACAAUGCUACGUUCAAUGGCUGAAAAUGGAGAACUGCUCGACUACAGCUAUUAUGCAGCAUGGCCAGAUCCAAGUCAGGUGCAUGAUGACUUCACACUGAUCAGCCAGGGUGUCUACCAAGAAAUAGCCAAAGGAGGUGACAGUGAGCAUGCAAAGGUUUUCUCAGACGGCAAAACCUGGGUGUCAAUCAAGUACGUCAGAUUCCUUGAUGAUGCCUUACUCUGUAGGCCAGACAUUGGUCCUGCUGCUUUCAAGAUAUUCUUGAAAUACCUCAAGAAGAGUGGCUCACAAAACCUAUGUGCUGUUGAGCUGCCUGACUGGGUGAAGGAGGGAUUUGAUGAUGCUGGAUGUAAAGGGAAGUUGAUGGAAAACACCCUGACAGAGGAGCAGUUCUUUUCAGAUGUCUUUUUCCCUCACAUCCAAGAAAUCGACAAAGAGGUUCGAGAUCCCCUGAUCCAUUAUGUCUUGAAUGAGAAACUUGAAGAUUUUGCAUCAAUCCUCAGGGUUACUCCUUGUAUCCCAUGCUCUGGCCCCAAUAAGGAACUGGUUUUACCUUCCAGACUCAUUCACCCAGAGGGAAGAGUUGCUAAACUCUACAACACCGAUGAUGGAAGAUUUCCUGAAGGGACUUCUAAAGACUACCUAAACCCUGUGUGUCUAGUGAAGCUAGUGCAGUUAGGCAUGGUUAAAGACGAUCUGUCAUGGGAGGACCUGAUUGAACGUGCUCAGUCUGUUAUUGAUCUUAAUGAAAAUGAUCACACAGCUGCAUGCUUUCGUAGCAGUAUACUACUCAGUCUCAUCGAUGAGAAACUGAAGAUGAGAGAUCCAGGAGCAGCUGAUGUCUUAGAAAAACUACAGGACAUUAAGUUGCUUCCAUUCCUGACAAGACCUGCAGGCUUCUCACUGCCAUGGCAUGGGAACAACUUUUCUCCAACAACAAUGUUCUCUGCUAGAGAACUCUUCACAACUGAACAUCAGGACACAGUGUGUCUGAUGAAGCCAAUCCUGAAUGAGAAUUCUCCAUCUUUCAAAGGUUGUGGUGCAAUGUCAUUGGCUGUGAAAGACUGUCUUGGUCUAAUAAGGAAGCCCUCAGUUAGACUAGUCAUCAGUCAACUCAAGAAACUGUCUCAGUCGUUUGAUGGUGUCACACUGUAUCAGGAAAACAUAACAAAUGCCUGUUACAAGUUUCUUCAUGAGGAAAUGCUACAGGAUGAAAAUGCAAAAGGACAAGUAACUGAGGAACUGAAAGCGUUCAAUUCCAUCCUGGUGGAGAACACAUAUGUCAAUCCCUCCAAAGUUGCAUUCCACCUGAAUUUUGAUGCAGCUCCACAUCUUUAUCAGCUCCCUAACAAAUACAGAAACAGCUGUCGUGAGCUCUUUGAAAAUGUUGGGGUACAGCACAGCUUCACAGUUGAGGAUUUCUCAGCAGUUCUUGAAACUGUGAAGCAAGAAUGUGGGCGAAGGGCACUCACCGAGGAGAACUUCCAGUUGUGUCGCAGAAUUAUUAGUGAAGGAAUAUGGAGCUUGAUACGAGACAAGAACCAAGAAUACUGCCAAGCGAAUUAUGGUGGGAUUCUGUUACCUGACUCCAAUCUGACAUUGCAGCCAUCAAAAUCACUAUGCUACAAUGACUGCCCUUGGAUCAAAGUCAGAGACUCUUCUGUGAAAUACUGUCAUGGGGAUAUUCCAAGAGAGGUUGCUGUGAAAUUAGGAGCAGUUCCAAAACGUCACAAAGCCUUGGAGAGGUAUGCCUCGAAUGUCUGCUUUACUCCACUUGGGAGUGAGUUUGGACAGAAAGAAAAACUCACAAGCAGAAUUAAAAGCAUUCUCAAUGCUUAUCCAUCAGAAAAAGAAAUGCUAAAAGAGCUGCUUCAAAAUGCAGAUGAUGCCAAAGCCACUGAAAUCUACUUUGUUUUUGAUUCAAGGACACACCCCACAGACAGAAUAUUUGAUGAUAAAUGGAUCCCAAUGCAAGGCCCUGCCCUCUGUGUAUAUAACAACCAGCCUUUCACAGAGGAUGAUGUCAGAGGUAUACAGAACCUCGGAAGAGGAACAAAAGAGGCCAAUCCAGGCAAAACUGGCCAGUACGGCAUAGGAUUCAACUCUGUUUAUCACAUCACUGACUGCCCGUCUUUCAUCUCAAACAAUGACAUUCUGUGUAUCUUUGAUCCACAUGCACAGUUUGCACCUGGGGCUACAUCUGUGAGUCCUGGAAGAAUGUUUAGAGACUUGGACUCUGACUUCAGAUCCCAGUUUUCAGAUGUUCUAAAUCUUUACUUGGGAGCUCAUUUUAAGUUAGAACGCAGCACAAUGUUCAGAUUCCCCAUCCGGUCUACGGAGAUGGCAAAGACAUCAGAGAUCAGUUCUGUCCCAGCAUCAGACAGAAUGGUGCAAAACCUUCUAGAUAAGCUAAAAACUGAUGGUGCAGAGCUUCUGAUGUUCCUCAACCACAUGGAAAAAAUAUCAAUCUGUGAAAUUGGUCAUGCAUCUGGAGAACUGAAAGUGCUCUAUUCUGUGACAGCCAAAAUAACAGAUGGUGAUCGGCUAAAACGCAAACAGUUUCAUGCCUCAGUCAUUGAUAGUGUGACCAAAAAGAAGCAGCUCACUGCUAUCCCAGUCCAACAGAUAACCUACACAAUGGACAUAGAGGACACUGAUGGAAAUUUGACCACAUGGAUGAUCUGCAACCGAUCUGGCUUCCCAAACAUUGAAAAUGUCUCAAAAAGUGUGAUCUCAGCUCACAAAAAUGAAGACAUAACUCUGUUUCCACGUGGAGGGGUAGCUGCAUGUGUAAGCCACAACUACAAAAAACCCCACAGAGCCUUCUGCUUUCUGCCCCUUUCAUUGGAGACUGGCUUACCUUUUCAUGUCAAUGGGCAUUUUGCCCUAGACUCUGCUAGAAGAAACCUAUGGAGAGAUGACAAUGGAGUGGGGGUAAGGAGUGACUGGAAUAACAAUUUGAUGACAUUACUGAUUACCCCUGCCUGUGUGGAACUGCUGAUUCAGCUUAAGCGUCGAUACUUCCCAGGUCCUGAUCCAACCAUGACCGUACUACAAGGAACACCACUUCAUGUUGUUAAAGAUACAUUGCGGAAAUAUCUGUUCUUCUUCCCAGUCAACAGACUUGAUAUACAGCCAGAUUGGUACUGCCUGGUUAAAGCAGUGUACAACUGUAUUCAUGCUGACCUAAAGCGCCUGCUUCCUGUAGUCAGAACAGCGCACAUUGACAACUCUGACAUGCACUCUGUCAUUUACAUUUCAUGGGUGAAUACAUCCACUGCAAACAAAGGCAGAGCCUUUUUUGAUAAUCUGCUACAAGAUGAGCUUCAGCACUUGAAAAACACAGAGUACAACAUCACCUCAAGGAAGUCUGUGGCUGAAAAUGUCUACAGACUGAAAACCUUGCUUCUGGAUAUUGGUUUCAACCUGGUUCACAGCUGCGAUGAGACAGUAAAUCUCUACUUCUGUUUGGAAGAUGCAGGGAUACCAGUCAGUUAUGUGACACCAGUGGAUGUCCGCAACUUUCUUCACACUUUCUCAUCACCAGACACAUCUUGCCAUGUUGGAAAACUCCCUUGCCGUCUCCAACAGUCAAAUUACAAGCUGGUUCAUAACUUGAAGCUUCUAGUCGACUACUGCUUCAAAGAUAUAGAAGUGGACGAAGUCAAAAUUGAGGGCUUGCCUCUGUUGAUAACAAUGGACAAUAUGGUACAGGUGUUUGAUUCCAAGAGACCAAAGUUCCUGACAACACAUCAUGAGCUAAUCUCAUCAAGGAAAGAAAUGUUCAUGAAUACAUUGUACAUCAGGUAUAGCAACAUCCUUUUGAAGGAAGGAGCUGCAAAGAUCUUUGACAUCAGUUGCUUUGGUGACCUACUGGGGUCUGUUCUUCCAAGAGAGUAUCGAACAAGGAUCCCUGUAAAGUGGAGAGACACCUUUACAAGUGAAUCUUGGCUGAAGAAUGUGUGGAACUUCAUCAGUGAGAAUAUCGCUGUUAAGGAAGAUCAGGUGGACAUCACACCAAGUUUCAACACAGUGCUUGACAUUCUGAAAGACUGGGCUUUGUUACCUGGAAUCAAAUUCAUGGUAAGAGAAAAGAUAGUUGUCCCUGAGCAUGAUGUGCUUUUACCUCUGAGUUUGAUGAACAUAGCCAUAUUUCCACAUGGCCAAAAUGACAAAGUCUUUCACACCCUAAUGAAAGCAGGGUGCAUUCAGCUUGCAGUGAACAAAAUCUGUGUCAAAGAGAAUCCUAUCAUGCCUUUUCUGGCACAACUCACAGCAAACAUUGAAAAUCCAUCAAGUGUUCUGAAAGCUGUAGAGUACAUGAUUCAGACAUCUGCAUUCAAAGUAGCAAACCUGACUGACAAGGACUUUGAGGCUCUUCUGUUGUAUUUCAACUGCAACCUAGCUAAUCUCACUCAACAGGAUGCACAGAGCCUAAAACUCCUCCCAUGCUUUAAAUCAGUUAGUGGGAGAUACAUCAGCAUUGCAAACUAUGGGACAAACUAUGUCCUUGCAAAAAGCAUUCCCACUGUGGACAUAGACAAAUGGGCUCACACAACCUCCUUUGCCUUUCUUGCUGACAGUCCGCAGCUGAAAGAACUGUACACCUUCCUUGGCUGCAUGCCAAUUGAUGACUUAGAAAUCUACCUUCAACAUCUCCUGCCAAAGUUUGAGAGUCUUUCCUAUGAUGCCAAAGUGGAACACAUUGUCUACUUAAAGGAGAGACUUUUGUCAAUGGAAGAAUCAUGCGAGAUGAAGGAUCAGCUCUAUGAGAAACUGGAGGGACUGUUGUUCAUCUAUGACUACUCAAACAGACUCAGGCCAACCAAGUUUUUCUAUGAUGAGACAGUGAAGGUAUUUGAAGUUAUGCUACCUGCAAAGUCAUUCAUACCAAGUGACUUUUUUAAGAAAGUUGAGCAAGUGUCAAAACCCAAGAAUGGGACAUUGUUGCUCACCUCAUGGAUAACCUUUCUGAGAAAUAUUGGUCUCAAGCAUGAAGUGUCACAGCAGCAAGUUCUUCAGUUUGCAAAGGAGGUCAGCAUCAAAGCUCAAACAGAGAGCUGGACCAAAGAAAAAGUGCAAACCAUUGUCGAUGUUCUCUUGAACCACAUUUUCAAAGAGAGGACGGACCUGUUCCAGGGUACUUUUCUCAAAGAACUCUCAAUGAUACCAUUCCUGUGUCCCGAGAGAGCCCCCAAAGAACUAAUAAAGCUUCAUUCGCAGUACCAAGAGAUGAGUGGCACACUUCCUCUGAUUCGCUUCAGUGGGUCUCAGGUAAAUCCAAAAUUCAAGCAAACAGAUAUCAUUCACUUGCUCUGGACAUCUUGCCCAAUUCUACCUGAGAAAGCUACACCAUCAAGCAUAAAGGACCAGGAGGAAAGCACUCUCACUGGACAGGAACAACUUGACCAAGUGUUGAACAUGUUAAGUGUCAACUUGGACCCACCGUUGGAGAAAGUCAUAAGCAACUGCAAGAACAUCUGCAACAUAUCCAGUCCAGAUGACGAAAUGGUGAAAACCAGGAACAAAGUUUUAAGGUCCACCUACGAGUUCCUCAAUGCAGAUAAAAGAGAUUUCCGUUACCAGCUCCAUGGGGUGGCUUUUGUCAUGGUUGAAGAUGGCUGGAAAUUGCUGAAACCUGAAGAGGUUGUCAUCAAUUUGGACAAUGAAUCUGACUUCAAACCCUACUUGUACAAAUUACCUCUAGAACUUGGUACCUUUCAUCAACUGUUCAAACUUCUUGGCACAGAAGACGUUGUGUCAACCAAACAGUAUGUUGAAGUGCUGUGGCGCAUUUACAGAAGUUCAGAGGGCAAGCAGCUUGACCCAAAUGAAAUGAGAACUGUGAAAAGGGUUGUUUCAGGAUUGUUCAAGUCUCUCCAUAAUGAUCCAGUGGAAAUUCGCAAAGAUCUUGAGAGUCUCAGAGAUUUGACAUUUUAUCUGCCAAGUCAUGAUGGUAGAUUAGCAAAAUCCAGUAGCUUGGUGUUUGAUGAUGCCCCACACUACAAGAGCAGAAUUCAGGGUAACGUUGGAGUUCAGAUGCUUGUGGACAUGAGCCAGUGCUAUCUGGGCAAAGAUCACGCCUUCCACACAAAGCUGAUCAUGCUACUUCCACAGAAACUAAGGCCUAGACUGUUGAGUAGCAUUCUUGAAGAGCAACUUGAUGAGGAUUCUCCAAAAAUGUGCCAAUUUGGAGCACUUUGCUCACUUCAAGGUCGCCUUCAGCUGUUGCUGUCGUCAGAGCAGUUCAUCACAGGACUGAUCAGAAUAAUGAAACAUGAAAAUGACAAUGCAUACCUUGUGAAUGAGGAAAAAGCCAUACGUCUCUGCAAAGCACUUUGUGAAGGAUUGAAAGUUUCUUGUUUUGAGAAACUCCAGACAACAUUAAGAGUAAAAGGAUGUAGUCCCAUCCCACACAGCCGCAGCGAAACACUUGCCUUCCUCAAGAGGUAUGGGACAGCUGUGAUUCACCUCUACAUCCAGCAUUCAGACAGCAAAGACAUUAAUUUUCUCUUAGCACUGGCAAUGACAUUGAAGUCUGCUACAGAUAAUUUGAUUUCUGACACAUCCUAUCUGAUUGCCAUGCUGGGUUGUAAUGACAUCUACAGAAUCACAGAGAAGCUGGACAACCUUGGGGUUAAGUAUGACUCAACAGAGCCUUCAAAACUUGAGCUUCCCCUCCCUGGAACCCCCAUACCAGCUGAGAUACACCACACACUCCUCAUGGAUCCCAUGAAUGUAUUUUAUCCGGGAGAGUAUGUGGGUUACCUUGUAGACUCUGAGGGUGGAGACAUGUAUGGGUCCUACCAGCCUACCUAUACAUAUGCCAUCAUUGUUCAAGAAGUAGAAAGAGAAGAGGAGGAAAACACAACAAGUUUCCUUGGAAAAUGCUUCCAGAUUGACAUUGGUUACAGUGAGUACAAAAUAGUCAGUUCCCUCGACUUGUACAAAUUCUCAAGACAAGAUGAAAGUACCCAUGUGCGAGACACCAGUGCUCCAUCAACCCCUACAAGCCCAAACAGUCGUUCCUCUGGUCUACGAAUGAUCCCUCCUCUUUUUGCUGGUAAGGAAAACCUCAGACCCCCCCCUCAAAAACAGUCUCCAAAAAAGAUCAAGCUUCAUGCAUUGCCUGAGAUAUUGAAAGAAGUGACCUUAGUAGUUGAACAAGCUUGGAAGCUUCCUGAGACAGAGAGAAAGAAGAUAAUCCGCCGAUUGUAUCUCAAGUGGCAUCCAGACAAAAAUGCAGAGAAUCUGGACAUUGCCACAGAAGUCUUUAAGCACUUACAGAAUGAGAUCAACAGGAUGGAGAAACAGUCUUUGGCUGAUCAGCAAAAUACUGACAGAGCUUCUAGGAGAUCCUACUCCACAUCAUCAUCCCGCUUCCAGUCAGAGAAGUUCUCAUUUCAAAGGUUUUAUUCAUCGUGGAACCAAGAAGCAACAAAUCACAAGUCAGAAAGGCAACAGUUCAGGGAACAUUAUACAAGCUAUGCAGGUUCGUCACACUCUCACCGUUUCUUUGUGCCCCCUACUUUCAAGACAGUUGGAAACCCUGUGGAAGCCCGCAGGUGGCUUAGACAAGCAAGAGCAAACUACUCUGCUGCUCGGAAUGAUCUUCAUAAAAAUGCCAAUGAGUGGGUUUGUUUCAAAUGCUACCUGGCCACAAAGCUUGCACUGAUAGCUGCCGACUAUGCAGUCAGAGGAAAGUCAGACAAAGAUGUGAAACCAACUGCUCUGGCUCAAAAAGUUGAAGAGUACAACUCCCAGUUAACAGGCCUUGCAAAUGAUGUUCAGAUCCUGGAAGGAUAUGGUGUGGACAGCCUGAGAACUCGCUAUCCUGAUCUCCUGCCAUUUCCACAGAUUCCCAAUGACAGAUACACAUCUGAGGUGGCAAUGAGAGUGAUGGAAUGUACCGCACGGAUUAUCAUAAAGCUUGAAACCUUUGUGCAGCAAAAAAUGUAAUACUGUUGUCAAAGAUGACAAUGAAACUACAGUAUGCAGAGAUCCUCUGUGGAAUAGAGGACACCCGUGGCUGUGUGCAAUACUGAUCAUGUAUAUCACUUUUAAUAAAAUUGAAGUAUCCACCUGGCAGCUUAUGGUACAUAUGCAGUUUCUACCUGUGAUGGUGGUGCUGUGGCCCAUGCACAGCAAAUAAAUGUAUGGCUCCCAUAACCUAUUAGGCUGUCUGAAUAUAGAUUUGCUGUAAUAUGUGAAAAAAAAAAAACAAUUCUGCAUAUGCUGUACAUACAAAUGCAUAAGCAAUACGUUUUGUUUACCAAAGUCCCCACACUGAAUAUAUUUGCUCUCCAUUAGAUUAAAAAAUAUGCUGCUUUUUUUACUUUAUCUUUUAUAAAAAAAAAACAUAAAUAUAUAUAUUUUCUUGCUACAGAAAACCAGUGGAGUGUACUGAAAGGAUACGCUUAUAAUGAAGAAAUAGAUAAACUCUAAAUGGCAAAUACUGCAAUUAUUGUCAUGCAGCGUGUCCUAUUUGCGAGAUCUCAGCAAGUCAAGGAAAUUACAAUCAUGUUUGUAAACUUUCUUUUUUGUAUUUUUAUGGUUGAUUUCAUAUAAUUUCUGUAAAAGUUGUACAUUUUCUGUAACAUAGCCAGUCACUUGUUUAUGGACAAGGCACUUUUUUGAAACUCCUCCUCAUGUACUCGUACUUGCACUUGUAUAGCGCUUGUGUCACCCCAGCAACUCGGGAGAAUCCAACUGUGAAUGGAAAACUCUUUAUAUUACUUUAAAAGCAAUUGCUUUUUUCUUCGGGGAUAUAUUUUGUUUUGUUAUAGCCAUGUUAAAUGUGUGUUGUGCUCUAUACAGUAACAUUUGGUGACUGUUUUGCAUCAUUACCUGUUCAUAUGAACCAUGUGUACUCUGGGGCCCUACAGAGAGCAAGUCUGCUUUGAUAACUAGGUAAAGGGCAGUGAUGACUGUAGCUCUGCUUCUGCUUAAAGAAGUCAUCCAAAAGUUGUCUCUUUUUACAGUGAUGGCCUGUUUGGGAAUACUCAGUAGGACAGUGUGAUAAAAUAAAGAGCCAUACAUAUGCUAUAAUUUGGGCACAACCCUUAACAUGUUAACCUUUGCCAACAUGAAACCAUGUUCAUACAUUUUCAGUAAUUUUAACUGGUUUAAGGAACAUAGAACAGCACCAAACUGGUGCUUGUGUGUUUUUAUUGUAUUACUGGCUUUAUUUUACCUUUCAUUUGAAGGACUAUACACACACACUGACCACAUAUUGUGAAUGUUAUUUUGAAACAUAAUUUAAAAUGUGCUUCUUGGUAUCUGUUGUCUUAUUACACCUCAAGCUUGAGGUGACUCAGCCGAGGGUGUCCAUGAAUAAACCAUGGAGAACCUUGUGUAUCAUACAUGUUGAUGUACACUGUGCCAUAGGAAGGCCUAAUAAAUUCCCCUUAAAUAAA